AUGACAGCCACACGGAUCGUCGUGUACAGCUGUACACACGAGCUCCCAGACACCCAGGCAUACAUAGAGCGGGCCCAGGCCACACCCUAUCAAUACCGACACCCGAUCGUCAACCGCUUAAGAAGAGCCUUCACCUUAAACGAAUUUAUCAGAAGACCGAGCAUGGAUCUUUGCCCUGUAUGCCAGGCAAAGAACCGCCAGCGUUCUCGGCCAGCACAGCAAGCGCAACCCAGCCCACGUCCUCGCGGACAGACUUUACAGGAUCGCCCACAUCCGGUUCACGCACCCCAGGUAAGACUCCCAGCCCCAGCACGCGACUCACCAGACUCAGCCGGCUCCCAACCCCAAGUUCCACAACCGUGGAACAUGGCCGAGGGUCCGCCUGAUCUCCCGGUUCUCCUUCCACCUCGACACCCAGUCACUCCCUCACCACAGGCCAACGCACAGUUGUCGAACAUGGCGGAAGGUCCACCGGACCUGCCAGUUCUUCAAUUCCCCAGCACCACCACGUCUCAGCCACAGACCGACGCACAGCCAUGGAAUCUCCCAGGGAGUUACACCGGCUUGCCAGGCACAGACGUACUCACGCGUGGAUGGGACGCGAUGAGACGUCGAGGUGCAGGCCAACGAAAUCUUGCAGGACAAGAGCUUCAGAGGAGUGUAACAGACGGCCCACGCAGAUCAUCCCCAUCCCCACCUUCGCCUCCACCAAAGGACCACGGUGUUCACCCCCGUGUGAACGCCUGGGUCAGACAACAGACCUCCGAGACGCUCAAGAAGCACCACGACCGAAUCACCCAGCCACUCGAAUUCCAGUCUUCAGAAUCCAGACCGAGUUCUCUGCUCAUCUUAAUCCCCGAUCCUCUCACUUUGACUCCUUCUACCACUCGAUCCGAGGAUGAGGUUUCCAGACUGGGUUUGAGGGGCCGGUGA